AUGGAUUCAGCAUCUUCUAUAUUUGCUAAUGUUAAUAACAUUCCUAUGCUUAAUGGCACAAACUUCAAGAAAUGGAAGGACGACAUUGUAAUUGUGCUCGGGUGCAUGGAUUUGGACUAUGCAUUAAGAGAGGAUCGCCCUACAGACCUCACUAGUGCCAGUACUGCUGAGCAAAGGGCUGCUAUGGAAAAAUGGAAGCGAUCCAAUCGCAUGAGUCUAAUGAUAAUGAAGCACUCAAUUCCAAAAGCUAUAAGGGGUGCAAUACCUGAGAAGACCCGAGCCAAGACAUUCUUGGACCAGAUAGCAAACCAAUUCGCUGCAAACGAAAAGGUUGACACAAGCGUUAUUCUUAGUAAGCUUGUCUCCAUGCGGUACAAAGGGAAAGAGAAUAUAAGGGAGUACAUAAUGGAAAUGUCCAAUCUUAUGACUAGACUCAAGGCACUAAAAAAUGAAUUCGCUACUGAGAUCAAGAGACACAACAUGACCAGUGGCAUCCCAGGUUACACCGCCCCAAGAAUAACAAUCGGCACUUUGACUCUAGGAAACUAG